ACGUUGAUGUAGCGACAAAAGAUUUAACGGCUUACACACAAUGGGAGGAUUCAGUUUCAUCACACAGGGUGGCUGUACGCUGCCAGCUUCAAGCUUGUAGACUAGCCUGUAUUUCAGGUUUCUGUCAGGUGGGGACUUUGCGUGUACCGUGACCUUAAAAUGUUAGCUGGCAGAAUUUUGGAGCAAGAGUAUGACAAGAAUGGGAAACCUUGGUACGACCCGCAGGACCUUGAACACGAUCUCCAUCUGGCGGCAGAGCUGGGGAAAACCCUCCUCGAAAGGAACCAUGAGCUGGAGCAGGCCCUGCAGCAGAUGUACUCCACCAACCAGGAGCAGCUGCAGGAGAUUGAGUACCUGACCAAGCAGGUGGACCUACUGCGUCAGAUGAACGACCAGCACACCAAAGUGUAUGAGCAGCUAGACACGGCCGCCAGAGAUUUGGAGCAAGGCAACAGGAGACUCAUGCAGGACAACCGCCUGGCCCAGCACAAGAUCUAUAGUCUAACUGAGACCAUCGAAGCGCUUCAGACCCACAUGGAGGACCUACAGACCCAGGUGGAUGAUCUCAAGACUGCCCAGGCAGAGCGAGACAAAAGACAGCUGGCAGAGCAUCGACGCAGCCUCGGAGCACAGAGCGUGUCCUGUCUCAAAGAGCUGUACGACUUGCAUCAUGACAGGUACCUAACCCACGAUAGCCUGCAUGUGUACAGACUCUGUUCACCUCAGGGCUCCUUCUAUGACCGAGACAGACUCCAAGACCCAGAGGAGGAGAAUUUGGCGCUCCAGCACUCCAUCCAGAUCCUUAAGAGCCAGACAGCUGCGGAGCGGAGCCGCAGGGAGGCUGCAGAGAGGGAGAGUGAGCUGACAGCCAGGGAGAACAGAGGGCUGGAGGAGCGGCUGGCAGUGCUGGCCGGCUGCCGGGCCAGGCAGAAGGAGCUGGAGGCUGAAGUGGAGCAGCUGCGGCUUCUGUGGCGCGCUGACUGGGCCAACAGUGUCAGAAGACCGGUCCAGCUGCUGUUGCCUGACACAGUAUUCUUUGCCUCAGAAGAAAAGCCAAGCCUAGAUCAGAGUGAGACAGAAGAGAAGGUAGAAAAUGAUGGGGAGCAGAGAAGGUCCAGCCGACAGAGGUGUAACAGUGACAGCGCUCUGAGAGCAGCAAACCCAGACAGGAUUCUGCACGAGGAGCUGUGUAUACGGCGAGCCAAGGCAGUGAAACAGCGGGGCAUCUCUCUGCUCAACGAGGUGGAUGCACAGUACAGUGCACUGCAGGUGAAAUAUGAUGAGCUGCUGCGACGAUGCCAGCGAACAACAGAGGACCUCAGCCAUAAAGCUGUCCAGACAUCCAGCAGUCCCUUUGUGAGCACCUGGACCUGCCCACGUCUCUCCAGCUCAGGUACUCUCUCCGAUCUGACGACGGCUCUGGAAGAUGGCCAGCCUGAGUACAAAGCCCUCUUCAAGGAGAUCUUCACCUGCCUCCAAAAGACCAAAGAGGACCUCAGCGAGAACAGACAACCCUUCCAGAACCGUGAUCCCCAGAGCUCUGCCAAAUGAUUGUUAUUCCUCGUCCUGGGACUCGCUUACAUGUGUGAAAGAAGAAACUAUGCUAUAAAAAUAUCUAGAGGGUGCAGAUGCAGUAAGUACAAUCAGCAUGAUAAAACUUAUAGAAAGCAGCUGUUUGAUUUGAAGUAAAAUACAUUGCAAAGUUUAACAACAACUAAUCAGAAGGCGCUAGAUGGAAUUAUUGUAUAAGAAGCUAUUUAUACUUUGAUUAAUACGUCAGAUUUUUCAGAUCCUCAGCUAAUAAAAUAUACUUUUAUGGGUUUAGCCUGACCUCCAAAGAUUUUAUGUCCUUCUACAACAGUAUUCAAAGAUUUUAUGUCCAUCUACAACAGUAUUCAGUGUUUAUAUGAUGUUAACCAUGUGACCACAUGCUUGGGAAAGAGAAGCACACAUUAAAUUGAAUUUUGCUGGUUAAGCUGGAGAUGUAACUGUUACGUAUGACCUACAAAGACACUGGCAUGUUGUAAUUGGAUAAAAGCUAUGUAAGAACUAAAGCCUCGGGAGUUUGAUAAUUGGCUUAACAAUUAGCCUAGUGUGAGUUGUUUUUUUUUAUAAGUGGGCAGUAGCUGGCUCAGCUUUUGAGGGUCAUUAACUGGUCACCAGAAAAUAUCAGUGGACACUUGGAAAGAGUUUCUAAUAUCCUAUACUUUGUUUUCAUGUCUGUGUACAGCUUAGGCUCUGCCAAGUGUCUGUGUGCCAGUAGGAAACACAACAGCUCUGCACUUUUUUUUUUGUCUGUAUACCAGUUUUUUAUUUAUUGUUUGACAGACUUUAGACAGAUGAUUAAAUGUUAUUUAUUUUCUUUGUUGCUAAAUAUUCAGAGCAGAUUAUAUAGCUGACAGUGACUGGGGUGAAGUUAUAUGUUUACACUGAGGUGCUUUUUCUGUGGUUGUAAAUAUUCUGUUGACUACAGAGGAGGCUUAGGACCACUGUAAACAAUGGAAGUUCUGAGUUUUUUUUUUUUCUCAGAAGUCUUAUUUUAAAGCAGACUUUUUUUAAAAAGACAGAAUUCUAAGAAAUGAGUCAGAAUCCUGGAAAAAAAAAUUCAGGUGUUUAAAGUCAGAACUCAGAUGUUUUACAGUGGCCCCAAUCCUCUUCCAUAGUUUGGUACAAGUGACUGAAAGAAAAUAAAGAGAGAAAUGGAAAACAUAAA